GUGCAAAAGAAGGAUGGAAGGCGUUAUCAAGCUGUUUAAAGAAACGACUUUGCUUAACCCCAAAGGCAUCUACAUCCCGAACUGCGACCGCAAGGGCUUUUACAAAAGAAAGCAGUGCAACCCGUCGAAGGGCCGCAAGCGAGGCCUCUGCUGGUGCGUCGACCGCUACGGUGCCCACAUCCCGGGCUCGGAGCACGUGGGCGGCAGCCAGAAAUGCCUGGGCGUCGUCGAGAGGGACUGA